UCUAUCAAGCAAGCCUUCCGAGGUCUCUCUCUUUUGUAGUGUUGCUUCCCAAACCCUAAGCCCCUCCAAACUGGCGAAUUUGCAGGACGAAUGGAAGCUAAUGAGAAUCCAGAUCCCAGAUCGCUUACGGACGCCAAAUCGAGCGAGGUUCCUCGUCGGGUGCUCGGCGAACGGAGGACCGAGUUCGUGAGGAUCAUCGUGCAGUGCCUCUACUCCCUCGGGUACCGCCGAGCCGCCGCGACGCUGGAAUCGGAGUCCGGGGUCUCGCAUGACUCGCCGGAGUACACUGCGCUUUUCCUUGACGUCAUGGCGGGCCGGUGGGACGACUGCAUCGCCACGAUCGACUCUAUCGAGGAUAUGGAUUGCGGAGCCAGGGCCGCUGCGGCUUUUCUGGUGUGGAAGGAGCACUUCUUGGAACUCUUGGGGUUGAAGGAUGGGUUCUUGAUGGCUAGGGACGUGCUGUCGGAGAGGAUUGCGCCGCUGGAUAUGGACCGGCAGAGGGUUCAUGGGCUGGCAAGGUUGCUCAUUUCGUCGGAGGGUAUUGUUAAUGUGGAGGACCGGGUCCGCAGGAGAUUGGGGUUGCUGCUGGAUUUGGUUGAGGUGCUGCCGCCGUGGGUGCGGGUGCCUAGUGCCAGGUUGGAGCAUCUCGUGGAGAUGACUGUUCUCAAGCAGAUUGCGUCCUGCUUUUACCACAACUCUCCUGGUGAGGUAACUCUGUAUGAGGAUCACAAAUGCAGCCAAGAACAAAUCCCUUCCAAGUGCAGCCAGAUAUUAUAUGACCACAAAAAUGAAGUUUGGUUUGUUCAGUUUUCACAUAACGGGGAUUACUUGGCAUCGUCCUCUCGUGAUUGCACUGCCAUCAUAUGGGCGGUGAACAAAGAUGACAGUAUAUCAUUAAGGCAUGUUCUGGAGGGCCACAUGAAACCUAUAUCUUUUCUAGCAUGGAGCCCAAAUGAUAGAAUGUUACUUACUUGUGGUAAUGGAGAAGCCCUAAAGUUAUGGGAUGUUUGUGAUGGCAUGUGCAAAUUCACAUUUACUGGUGGAGCAAAUCGUAUCAUCAGCUCAUGUGCAUGGUUUCCAGAAUCUGAGAAGAUAGUUUGUGGCAGCUGGGAGCCUGAUAAUCGAAUCUUCACAUGUGAUUUAGAGGGAAAUGAGCUGGAAGUUUGGGAGGGAGAGAGGAUGCCAAAAGUUACUGAUCUUGCUGUGACACCUGAUGGGCGGUGUUUGAUCAGUAUAUGCUCCAACAAAGAAAUUUUAAUACGUGAUUUCCAUAGAGGAAAUGAAUGGAAAAUACAUGAAGAACACUCUAUAACCUCACUCUCUCUUUCAAGUGAUGGACAGUUUUUGAUUGUCAAUUUAAACAGUGAGGAGAUCCAUUUAUGGAAUAUUAAUGUGAGCUCAAGCUUGCCAGAUAAAUUUAGAGGGCACAAGCAGGGAAAGUAUGUAAUUCGGUCAUGUUUUGGUGGAUCAAAUUCUUUAUUCAUUGCCAGUGGUAGUGAGGAUUCACAGAUCUAUAUAUGGCAGCGACACCGUGAAACGCCGAUAAAGAUCCUAACUGGCCAUUCGAUGACUGUGAACUGCGUGAGCUGGAACCCUGCAAAGCCUCGUAUGCUGGCAUCAGCAAGCGAUGACCGAACAGUUCGAAUAUGGAUGGCUAACGUAAAUAACAACACUAAGUUUCAUAUGUGACUGAGACCUACUACAUCCUUUUCUGCUUCCUUUUUCAUCUGUAAAUAGAUGUACAUCAUAAUUGUAAUUUGUGUCUUUCGAUCUAA